GUUUUACUAUUAGUUUAUCGAUCAAUGUGAAUCAUUUGAUUUCGCCGAUAACUAUUUGAUAUUUUAUGAUCUAGAUUUAUAUCGUACGUUUGUGCUACAUUUUACAGAUACUUGGAAUUCGAAAAAUUGUCAAGGUAAACAUUAGAAAAAAUACAGUUAAUAAUAACUCAAUGAAAUAACAAAUGAACAUAUCAUAAUAAAUCAUAAGAAGAUCUGCAUGAAUAAAUUUUCGAAAAAAGACUUCCGGAGUGACUAAAUUGGGUUUCGUGGGAAUUACUAGUAUAUAUGGAUAUAGAAAUCCAAUAAAUCAUUACAAUGUUUUUUUGUGUGUGUUUGACACGUCCUUUAUUUUCAUUUCUGGUUUUGCCACGGCUGAAUGCCAUUGAACAAUUUAAAUGUAAUUUUAAAUUACUGCACUUUUCUUACAAAGGACACUUCAUUUAGAUCAAGAUAUUGAGAAUUCGUGAUUUCGAUCCACGGGUGAGGUAUAUGUUCUUUGUGACGAUUUGAUAAAAGACAAAUUUUGUCUGAAAUCAUUCGUUCUUAACCUCUGAUUCAUACAUGUUUGCAAGGAACAACUGCCUGACGUUACUUACCUAAAAUACUGUUGAAAAACGGUGUCAAACCCAAGACAAACACACAAGCUUAUGUAAAAUACAAGACUCUGAUUGUUGUUAAAAGACGUACAGAUGAGUCAUUCUGUAUUUAUGCCAGUUAAAACGUUUAAGAUCGAAACGUUGAGAGUGUUCCCAAGAGUACAUUACUUCCAAAGAAGAUUUAGGGACCUUUUGCCAAGAUUCAAACGAGUGAUUGGCGCAUUCCCAAAAGGUUUCCAUGUCGAGGAAGAACUCGAGGAAAUCAAUGACUUAGACGAAAAAUUCACGAAGAAGUUGAACGUAUAUGUCAUAGGACACAGUGAACUUGAAAUUGCAAAUGUUGUUGUUUCAACAAAACCGUUUGAAAUAGAAAAGAUUUCAGACCUUAAAGAACCACCAAGUAUCUCCUUGUUCUUGUGCUACACAAAGACAGACUCGUUGGACCAAACUGGAUUGAAGAACAUCAGUUCAGUUAUCGAUAAAUUCUUCGAAGACUUCGGAAAUGGAAAACCACAUUUGUUUGAAUACAUGUUUGUUGUUAUUGACACCGUACGUAACCACACUGACGAGGAGCAAGAUUUGUUUCAGAAAGAAGUGCAUGAAGUAAUACAUAGUAAGCUUCAGGACACUGAUGUUCACACGUAUCAAGACAGAAUAAUUAUUGGUUCUCAUGACACUGUUCUUGGUAGUAAAAUAUCGGAACUGCUUGAGACAAUGUUAGUUGAUGGCUUCCAUAAAGUUAUAACAUUUCUAGAUCGUUUUGUACGGAAAACAAAACAAUAUAAUUCGGAAAUUGAUAUCAUUCAUACCGACCUUGUCGUUAGAUCGAUCCAGGCCUUUCUACGAGAUGACAUUGGCCUUGCUGACAUGAGAAAAAUAGCAGAAAGUAAUACUUUAAAAGAAACUGAAGGAGUGAGCGUUGAUGAAACAUUUCUAAAUCUGCUUUUAAAUAAGCUUGCUCGACUUGUGAAAUGUGCAAUUGUUGAACCAUGUGCUGCGAAAUACAAUAUUCCAUCUUGGGUUGUAAACCAACUUCUAGUUGAAAUAGACUUUGAGCAAAAGCUAGUCGAAUCUGUUUCUAAAAAUACGAAACAUCAUUUGCGAAAACUAAACGAUUUCUGUAAGAACUUUGAAGAAAUCUUGAAGAGUUAUAAACGUAAAGCUAACAUGGGGAGAGGGAAGCACGGUGCAAGCCAACACGAGUAUUUCACCAGACUUGUUUCAUACAAAUUUGACUUCAUUGUCUAUCCUCUGCAGAAUGAUAUGUCUAAAGUAAUAAGUGAUGCGGAAAAGACAAUGGCCUCUGCCGAAAGGAUUAUUACUAUAAUGGGCAAAAUGAUAUUCGAAAUAGAGGGAUAUUUGGAACAAACGAUUACAGAGAAAUACGAACCAAGAACUCCUACUGCAGAUGUACCAAAAGAUCUCCGGAAUGCCAUUUUAGAACUAAAAGACGUUUACAGCACAGGUACAGUGUACGAUGUCUUCGAAAUUCAUGUACGAGAAGAAACCACAGCACUGAAAGAGGACGUUUCUACACUAAUGCGCAAAUAUGGAUACACCCAACCAUACCAGGUGAAAACUAUUAAAAAAGAACCGGUCAAAAUGAUGGCAGAACGGAAAGCUUAUCAAAAACCUUUAUCCAGGUGAUAAAGCAAAGUAUUAGGAACGUUCUGGAAAAUACAAACAAUAAAAGAAGAAUCUGAUAUUUAAGCUCGGGAACAGGGGGCAUAUCUUUCAUUGAUACUCCUGCUAUAGCUGUAAAGGAUGAUUUUAAAAGGCAAUGUAUCCGUCGAGUGAAAAAUGAAAGUGGAUUGAAUAGAAAAUCUGUAAACAUUGCGAUGGAAACUGUCAAAACAGUAUUUUUUUAAAAGAUUUGUUUAUAAGCUCGGAGAAAAGUCUGGGCUCGCCAAAGGUGUCAUCUGCUCAAGUGACUUCUCUUUGUCUGGUGCUGGUGACAGAAUCUCUACCUUGCAGUGAGAACGGUUGCUUUAGCAGAGGGGUGAUCAUUUGCACAUUUGUCGUUGAUAUCUUCAAAUGCAGAACAUAGCAACUUUCACACGGAAUAGACAUACAAUUUCAAAAUGUACAUAUAAAACCUAAAUUUGAACGUUUAGGGAUGGCAAACAACUCAAUAAAUUCUUUGGACAGCUUUCCGCAGAAGGUUAUUACUAAGAUUUUUCUACACGCAUGCGCACGUGUACUUGUUCAACAUCUAGUAAUAGUUUACAAGUUUCGUCACUCAAUUUGCUGUUUAUUUAAUUAGUUUUAUGUAAUAAGUAUACUAAAUUUAUAAUUUAAGCUGGAAAAAAUAUCAGCUAGUUUAUACUUUG